GAGAGAAGAAAAAAACCUCACCGGCACUAUAAAAGUCGCCUGGAUCAUCCCCAACUACUACUCUAGAACCUUCUUCUCAAAUUAAAAUUCGUCGUUUCCAAAAACCUACUCGCAAGUUUUUUUUCCCCCAAAUCGCGAAGUCUUUGUAUCCACUUCGUCGGCGAUUUCGUGUUUGACUAGUUCUCCGGGAGAAACUUCUUCUCUGAGUGUCGGUUUUUUGUGCUGGAUUUUUUCGAGUUAGGGUUUUAGAUUCCUUAUUCUCAGACUUAGGGUUUGGGUUCGUCAUGAGUAAGAAGGAUUCAGUAUUUCAGUCGCAAGCGGAUGAUUUCUCUGGUGGCUUUGAAUUUGGAGCCGACGACGAGGAUUUUAUGAUUGACAUAGAGGCGAUUUAUCGGAUUCUGGAUGAAAGCCCUGUUUCUAUGGAGGUUAGUCAAGAAAUAAUGUCUCCGGUUGGUUCAUCUGUGGUAGAGUCUGGCGAGUUUAGGAACACACUGAUGCAAAGUGGAUCUCAGGCCACUGGUUGGUUUCCUUACCGGGAUUUGUAUGGUCUUGGAGCCUCACAAAGUGAAAUAGCAGAGCCAAGUUCAUUUUCUGACCCUGAGAAUGGACGAUUGGGACUAAGUGCGACUUGUUAUUCUGACUACGGUGGCAAUGUGGUCUCCUUUCCUGUAAAUUGUGAAGAUGGCACUGUAUCCAUCCUGGAUGACAUGAGAAUUGAAUCCAAAUGUAUGAACCUUCUCUAUGAAGUUUUCAGUUACACCUUGCAGUCCCACUACGAUGACUACCUAUCUCAAUAACAUGCCUGGAAAUGACUCAGGAAUUGGAGCCACGCAAAAUUCUUCCCUGAUGUCUCAUUUCUCCCCUAAUUCCAGUUCUAUUGUGGACUGUGCCUCCUCUGAACCAUAUGGCCACCAUACAAUGGAUGCACCCUUAUCAGAAGUUUCUCCCAAUUUGGUUCCUGGUUACGCAUUUCAGUUCUUUCCCAAGAAAGAAGAACUGCUAAAUGACUUGAAGAAUGAGUUUAUCCACUGUCAGUCGGAUGGUGCAAGCCGAAUGGUUUUUGAUAGACAUGUAGGAUUCGAUAACGGAACUUCAGAGAGGAAUUCUGGGCCUGAUGUAAGCAGUGAAAGAGAACUCAGCCUCAAAUGUGAAAUCAUUCCUUCAGUUUCCCCUGUCUGUGUCAAACCAUACAACAGUUCUGAUGGUCAUCAAGUUGAAAAGGAGCUUGAGCAGCCUGAUAAUUGUUCAAGCAGUUUUCAGGAGAAUAGAGCAGUCCAUAUGAAGGUUAAACCAGAGCUUGCGUUGGAGAACACGGUUUACAGUUCAAUUCCUGGGAACUAUAGUAGAUGUAGUGAUGUUCAUACAGUUGGAGGAACGACACUGCCAUGGUCUGGUGUCUCUAAUUGCGCAAUCUCCUAUCAGACAGAUGUCGGGAAAGAAUACCCUUUUAUCCCACCUCAGACUGCUUUCCCUGGUCAAGAUAUUGACGGCAGGAGCUUCUAUAGUUGUUUUGAUUCAGAUGACUGUUUUCAAAACGUAACAGAUCCUGACCCAGAAACAUCACGCACUGAGUCUUUGGAUUAUCUGGUAGGAGACGAGGACCAUGAAUAUAUUAAGAGGACAUGCUUUAAUCUUUCUAGUUUCAGCUCUGGAACAGUUGAAAGUCUUUCAUCAAAACGAAUACCCGAACGAGAAGAUGAUUCUGAAAUCCAUAAAAUAGAAUCCUAUGGUGAAUUUGUUAAUCCACACCAAUAUCUACCUGUGCAGAGACCAGUGUUUUCUUCAGAACAUUCUACAGGUAGUCAAACUCUUAAUAAUUGUGGAGGCUUGAAGUUUGAGUCAAACAAGGGAAACAUGAAUUUUCAUGCAGACUUGCAGGAUCUUUCUCAGCAUAGUUCUGAAGCAAGUCCUCCUGACGGUGUCUUGGCAGUGUCGCUUCUUAGACAUCAGCGUAUUGCAUUGUCGUGGAUGUCCCAAAAGGAGACAAGCGGGAACCCCUGUUUUGGGGGCAUUCUUGCUGAUGAUCAGGGACUUGGAAAAACAGUUUCCACAAUAGCGCUUAUACUGACAGAACGGUCUACACCUUAUCUACCAUGUGAAGAAGAUUCAAAGAAUGGAGGAUGCAAUCAAUCUGAUCACUCUCAAGUGGUUUUCAAUGAAAACAAAGUUGUCGAAGAUAGUUUAUGCAAGAUGAGGGGAAGGCCAGCUGCCGGAACUCUUAUUGUCUGUCCCACUAGUUUGAUGAGACAAUGGGCUGAUGAAUUACGCAAGAAGGUUACUCUUGAAGCACAUCUCUCUGUGCUGGUAUACCACGGUUGCAGCAGAACAAAGGAUCCUCACGAGCUAGCUAAAUAUGAUGUCGUCAUUACCACAUAUUCCCUUGUGAGCGUGGAAGUUCCAAAACAGCCUCGUGAUAGAGCUGAUGAGGAGAAGGGUGGCAUACAUGAUGGUGGAGUUGAAUCUGUUGGUUUUGGCUCAAACAAAAAAGAUCUCCCAAAUUCUCAAAAGAAGGGCACAAAGAAGAGGAAACAUAUGGAUUGUGAACCUGUUGAGUUUCUGUCUGGCCCUCUCGCGCAAGUUUCAUGGUUUAGAGUUGUUCUAGAUGAAGCUCAGAGCAUUAAGAAUUACAAAACCCAAGCUUCAAUAGCAUGUUCAGGCCUUCAUGCUAAGCGUAGGUGGUGUUUGUCUGGCACUCCUAUCCAGAAUUCAAUUGCUGACCUCUACAGCUACUUCAGAUUUCUUAAGUAUGAUCCUUAUUCUAGCUACCAAACGUUUUGUGAAACGAUUAAGAACCCCAUCAGUAGCUACCCGGGGGAAGGAUAUAAAACGUUGCAGGCUAUCCUGAAAAAAGUAAUGCUUAGACGAACUAAAGAUACACUUCUCGAUGGAAAACCCGUGAUCUCUUUACCUCCGAAGUCCAUCGAGUUGAGGAGAGUGGACUUUACCAAGGAAGAACGUGAUUUCUACUCAAAACUAGAGUGCGACUCUCGUGACCAAUUCAAGGAAUAUGCAGAAGCUGGAACGGUGAAGCAAAAUUAUGUAAAUAUUUUGUUGAUGCUGCUGCGUCUUCGUCAAGCUUGUGGCCACCCUCUUCUAGUAUCCAGUUUGUCAUGGUCAUCCUCAGCUGAAAUGGUUAAGAAGCUUCCAUAUGAGAAGCUAACCUUUCUUCUGCAUCGCUUAGAAGCUUCACUGGCAAUUUGUGGUAUCUGCAAUGUUGCACCUAAAGAUGCUGUUGUUUCACUCUGUGGUCACGUUUUCUGUAAUCAGUGCAUUUGCGAAUGUCUUACUCGCGAUAAUAAUCAAUGCCCACUGUCAUACUGCAAAGUCGGACUUGAAAUUUCAUCAUUAUUUUCCAGAGAAACACUGGAAAAUGCUAUGCUUGACUUGCAUAAACUUGAUGCCCCAUGUGAUCGUACCACUUCAGAUCCUGUUGGGAGUGGUGAGCCUUGUGAAAAUUUACCAUGUGGUUCAUCCAAAAUCAAGGCUGCUCUAGAUAUCUUGCAAUCACUGAGCAGACCACAGAGUCCCGCGACAGUAAUGAAUGAUGUGAAUCAGAGCUCCGAAAAUGGAGAGAAUAAUCAGCAGCUUGACAAGUCAUUCAGUUUACCUGCAACUCCAGCGAAGAGUAGUGUGGGUGGUGUGGUUAAUGUAGCUGGAGAAAAAGCCAUUGUGUUUACCCAAUGGACAAAGAUGCUGGACCUCCUUGAAGCUGGUCUUAAGAGUUCAGGUAUUCAGUAUAGAAGGUUUGAUGGAAAAAUGACAGUACCAGCUCGAGAUGCAGCAGUACAAGAUUUUAAUACUCUCCCUGAUGUUUCUGUAAUGAUAAUGUCUCUCAAAGCUGCUAGUCUUGGGCUAAAUAUGGUGGCAGCUUGUCAUGUUAUCAUGCUGGACUUAUGGUGGAACCCGACUACAGAAGAUCAGGCAAUUGACAGAGCACACCGUAUUGGACAGACACGACCAGUAAAGGUGGUGCGCUUCACAGUAAAAGAUACAGUUGAAGAUCGCAUAUUGGCCCUCCAGCAAAAGAAGAGAAAGAUGGUGGCUUCUGCAUUCGGAGAACAUGAAAACGGUAGUCGAGAAUCGCAUCUCUCUGUGGAGGAUUUGAAUUAUCUGUUCAUGGCAUGA